AUGCAGUUUGCUCUUCCUGAAGUCGUCUAUAUCGAUUCAGAUGAUGAACCCACUCCUCCACAUCUUCUGGAGCCUCGUGUCCCACCUGGAGAUCUACAGAAGCAGAUUGUGCCUCUGAGUGCCAACAACAACUUUGUGUCUAAAGAUGAUGUACCACCUCUGCCUGUGGCUGUGGAAUAUCUAUUCGGUAAACAAAAUGGACACCAGCCUAAUAAGGAGUCACGGCUCCAGUCACUUCGAGACCCACAUCAGCAUCAAUCUGCCAAACUUCCGGAGUCUCCACUAAAUGGCAAUGAAGUGGUGGUAAUUGAUUUGAGUGACGAGGAAGAGAACAGUUCAGGCGUGAAUUCCAUUUCUAACUCGACACUGAGUGUAAAUUUGACCUCUGUUUCGGCGGCACGAGCACCACUCGAUCAGUUUUCAAGACCAACUUAUCCUAAUAUCCAGCCAAAGAUUCAACCCCAACAAAGCUUCCAUCAGGAACUCAAUCACAUUCCUCAGUAUAAUUCGUUUGGAGAUUUUUCGUCUCUACCGAACCAAGUGGAAAUCCGGGGUCUGCAAAAUGAACCGCUGGAUAUGGAGAUUGACGAGUCUGACUCGGAUGAGGAGAUUGCCGUGCUUUCUAAGGAGGAGGCAGAACGAUCUGGAACAUUCAAGCAAACAUCGUUCGAGUUGAACUCUCGUUAUAACCAACCAGUACCAGUGUUUCAUGCUGGCGGAGUAACUCAAGCAGAACUAGCACAACGUCAAGAUGACCAGAAAGUGAGAAACUACUUUGAGCGGUACUCAUUUCCCCAAAUACAGCAGCAUGAGCAGAAUUUGAAUAAUCAACUUGUGCAGUUGGAUGAGGAGCGUGAUGGAUUCUUGAAGCGUGUUUCCAAUCUCAGAGACCAAGUCCUGAAUCUUAUGUUUGAUCAGGUCUCUUUGCGCACAGAGCUUAUGAAAUCGAUUAAUAAUGCAUUGAAAGAAGCUGAAGAGACUAUCAAGCGAUCUAAACGAGUAAGAAGGUUCCAAGGAAUAUUGAAGAGCGUGAAAGAGUAUAAAUUGAUGCCCUACAUGAACAGACCUCCCAACGAUCCUCAUUUCGACUACCAAUCCCACCAGCAACCAAAUAAUUAUAAUCCGUACGCAUUUCCGAAUCAGCAGUCAUAUGGAACCAACGUCAAUCCAUAUGUCACUGGCAAUGCUCAAGAGGCUGAAGAUAGCGUCCACCUAAAACAGCUAUUUAACGAUAUCUAUAAGGAGGAAGAGGUGGAAGGCAUGGCGCCAACGCCGGAAUCCUUGACAGUUCAGCUUUUAGAUCACCAAAGAAAAGGUCUUCAUUGGCUCUUGAGAAGAGAAGAGCAGAAAGCAGGUGCGCUUCUAGCAGACGAUAUGGGUCUUGGUAAGACUGUUCAGACAAUUGCACUUAUGAUGGCCAAUCGACCCACUGAUGAAGCCUGCAAAACUACCCUUAUUGUUGGUCCUGUCUCCUUGUUGAGACAAUGGGCCGCUGAAAUCAAGGCUAAGAUUAGUGCUGAGCAUGCCUUGAAGGUGGCAUUUUUCCACGGUCCAGAUCGAAAGAAGCUCUCCACAUUCCGCAAGAUAUCCAAGUAUGAUGUGGUUUUGACUUCUUAUACAACGUUGGCAUCUGAGUAUAAGCAGCACUACGCGGCAGUUAUAGAAUCUGCUCAGGUGACACAUGGUCAAAACUUGAUACCAGAUGAAGACUCUGGUGGACAAACUUACCUGUCUCCAUUUUUCUCUCCCGAUUCAAAGUUUUUUAGAAUUGUUUUGGAUGAGGCACAGUACAUAAAAAACAAGCUUUCCCAGUCCUCAAAGGCAACUGCGUUGUUGAAAGGAGAGCACAGGCUUUGCUUAACUGGUACUCCAAUGCAGAAUAGCAUCGAUGAGUUAUAUCCUGUCAUCCGCUUUUUGAGGGUAAAACCUUAUGAUGACGAAAAGAAGUUUAAGCGUGAUAUUGCUGUUCCUAUCAAAGCAAAAGGUGACUCGAACACAGACUACGACGGGGAGCGAAUGGUCUCCAUGAAGAAGCUUCGAGCUGUACUUCUGGCAAUUAUGUUAAGAAGAACAAAAGACUCGAAAGUAGAUGGAAAACCUCUCAUUGAGCUUCCAAAGAAAUCUGUGAAUCCAGUUUACGUGACUAUGGACGAAGCUGAGAAAGAAUUCUACCAACAAUUGGAGGGAAGCAUUCAGAAACGUGCUCUGAAGUUGUUGAAUCUGGAUUCUGUGAAACAUAGUGAUAUCUUGACUUUGCUUCUUAGAUUGAGACAGGCUUGCAUUCAUGAGUAUCUUGUUCUAGUGGGUGAGAUGAACUCACUGGAAAAUUCUGGAGGUUCUGGUAACGUCAUUGAUUGGAAACAGAGAUAUAGAGCUGUUACAGGAAUGAGUGAUGAAUUAAAGAAACGAGUGGAUUGGGGUGUGGGCAAGGGAAUAAAAAUGGAUACUCCCAAACUGGAGGACAGUAGUGAUGAGACCAACGAGGUUCAAUUCACCUGUCCGAUGUGCUUUGACGUUGUUGGCGAGAAGUCUAUUGUCAUUUUUGGGACUUGUGGACAUUUGAUCUGCGAUGGCUGUGUUGACAACUUUUUUGAACAGUACAGAACAGAAUCAUCUGAGUAUGGAAACCGUGAAGCCAGCUGCAAUACUUGUACCGCUAAAGUGACAAAUAGUAGUCUUGUUGAUUACUACUUUUAUCUGUUGAUGGUUAACGAUGGACUUAACUACAAUCGCCUAGAAGAAAUGUUCGGCAAUGAGAAGAAAACGAAAACGCUGAACACAGAGAAGGUUUCUAAGAUUAUCAAAGAGAAAAACGGAUUUAAGGAGUCGGCUAAGAUGGGCAAAACUGUGGAUCUCAUUAAUCUGGUGAUCAGUGACAGCUUGGACGAGAAGAUCAUUGUCUUCUCACAUUUCACAACCACUUUUGAUUUAAUGGCACAUGCUUUGAGGCAGCACAAUAUACCAUUCUUGAGGUAUGACGGCACUAUGAAUAUUGACACCAAGAAUGCUGUCAUAAGUGAGUUCUAUCAGGGACUGAAGAGGGUGCUUCUCAUCUCACUCAAGGCAGGUAACGUCGGUCUCACGUUAACUUGUGCAUCGCAUGUCAUUCUUAUGGAUCCUUUCUGGAACCCAUUUGUCGAAGAUCAGGCCAUGGACAGAGCCCACAGGUUUGGGCAAAUGAAAGAGGUCAAAGUGUACAAAUUAUUGAUCCGUGAUAGCGUGGAAGAUAGAAUCAUGGAUUUGCAAGAGCGGAAAAAGGAGCUCAUCAGUGCAGCACUUGAUGAGAGCGCUCUCAAGAAGAGCAGUUAUCUUGGAAGAAGAGAAUUGGGUUAUUUGUUUGGUUUGAACAGUCUCGAUCGCGCUAUCUAG